UGGCUGCUCAUUGGCUACGUAAGACGGAAGCCCGGUCGGUGUUUCUCCAGAAGUUUCCCCCUUGGGUGGCGGCGGAGCUGGUAACCUCGGUAGGAGCAGUUCCAUCAGCGGUAACAGUGACUAUUAGAGAUGGCGGCGGCUGCUGCGGGACCUGCCGCAGCCCAGAGGUUUUUCCGGAGCUUCUCAGAUGCUCUGAUUGACGAGGACCCCCAGGCGGCGUUGGAGGAGCUGACUAAGGCUCUGGAGCAGAAACCAGAUGAUGCACAGUGUUACUGUCAAAGAGCUUAUUGUCACAUUCUUCUUGGGAAUUACCGUGAUGCUGUUGCUGAUGCAAAGAAAUCUCUUGAACUUAAUCCAGAUAGUUCCAUUGCUCUGCUGAGAAAGGGGAUAUGUGAAUACCAUGAAAAAAACUAUGCUGCUGCUCUAGAAGCUUUUACAGAAGGACAGAAAUUAGAUAGUGCAGAUGCUGAUUUCAUUGUCUGGAUUAAAAGGUGUCAAGAAGCUCAGAAUGGAUCACAGCCCGAGGUGUCUGCAUCCCAGAGGACUUAUCAGUCAAAAAUCAAGUAUGACUGGUAUCAAACAGAAUCUCAAGUAAUCAUUACACUUAUGAUCAAGAAUGUUCAGAAGAAUGAUGUAAAUGUGGGAUUUUCAGAAAAAGAGUUGUCCGCAUUGGUGAAACUUCCUUCUGGAGAGGAUUAUAAUUUGAAGCUGAGACUUCUUCAUCCUAUAAUACCAGAACAGAGCACAUUUAAAGUACUUUCAACAAAGAUUGAAAUUAAAAUGAAAAAGCCAGAGGCUGUGAGAUGGGAAAAGCUAGAGGGGCAAGGAGAUGUGCCUAACCCCAGACGGUUCAUAACAGAUGUAAAGAUGAUGUAUCCAUCAUCAUCUCAUUAUACAAAAAAUUGGGAUAAAUUGGUUGGUGAGAUCAAAGAAGAAGAAAAGAAUGAGAAGUUGGAGGGAGAUGCAGCUUUAAACAAAUUAUUUCAGCAGAUCUAUUCAGAUGGUUCUGAUGAAGUGAAACGUGCAAUGAACAAAUCAUUUAUGGAGUCUGGUGGUACAGUUUUGAGUACCAACUGGUCUGAUGUAGGUAAAAGGAAAGUUGAAAUCAAUCCUCCUGAUGAUAUGGAAUGGAAAAAAUACUAAAUAAAUUAAUUUGCUAUCACUGUAUUGCAUAUAUUCAGCUAACGCCCAUUGUGUAUUAAUACUGCAUUCUUGAAUUUUGAACACUGAGUACAUCUUUUUAAAGGAUUAUACCUCUUUACCUCUUUGUGCUUUAGAAAUUAUUUUCCUUCAAGUGUUCUACGAGUCUAAUGAAUGAAGGUCAUGUUUUAUCACUUUUGUCCUUAAGGACUUCAGAUAUGCUGAAAUGGAAUGAAGUAUCAUUUGCUACUAGAUAGAUUAAUUCUACCUAGUUGUGGGAGUGGAGAAAUUGUUAAUGGGAUAUCUUGGGUUAUUGCCUUAUUUUUGAUGCAGUAUUCUGUUAAUAAUUUAUUAGAUGUGACAACUUUGGGUGAGCAUAGAUUUCUCAAUUUCAGUGUUAUAUUGUUUGCUUUUAAAAACUGCUUUUGAAUGGAGUUGUAAAUACAAUUUUUCUAUGAAGAA